UUUUUACUAACUUUAUUAUUUAUUAUUUAUUGAAGACAUCAGUGAACAAGGUUAGUGUUAGCAUCAGUGUGAUUGUGAAUAACUAAAAAAAUACAUAAAGACAGGUGAGCUAGUAAAAAAAAUUGUAUACGCUUAAGUGACUGACACCAGUUUAAUGAAAAUUAAUUGCUGUGGCUGCUGACCGAAUGAACCUUCAAUGAUAAAACCAUGCUCCUACAAUUGUUUGGCCAGGAAAGCCCACUUUUUCUCUCAUCGUCGAAAUAUACUUCACAUAACAAUAUUAAUAUUAUGUGGAUUUAUAAUUUUUAAUGAAUUUGCUAUAUACAUAAUCAAGUCUUUUACAUGGCCGGAAAUGAGAUGUGGAGAUAUAAAACGAUUACGCUCAUUAUUAUUAGUCGCUGAUCCACAAAUUUUGGGCGAGAAGUCAGAACCAUGGUUUACUAGGUGGGACAAUGACAGGUACUUGAAGCUGUCGUUUGCUCUUGCCAAACAUCACGUUAAGCCUAAUACGAUCAUCUUUCUUGGAGACCUCAUGGAUGAGGGUACUGCAGCAACCAACGAAGAAUACCAAAGAUACUAUGACAGGUUCAGAGAUAUUUUCCACUUGGAUUACAUCGAUGAUAAUAAGACUGUGUUCAUCCCUGGAGACAACGACAUUGGAGGAGAAGACGAGAUCGUCACAGACAAGAAGGUGGCCAGGUUCAUGGAGCACUUUGCCUCUCCCUCGGUCGUCCAUGUAGGAAAUGUACAGAUUGUUCAGGUGAACAAAAUGCAGAGGAUUGUACCGCCCUUGCCUCCCUUGGCUGCCGGGGACAAUAUGACGAGAGUGGUUAUCUCACACAUGCCUCUGCUUGGUGUACCUAGCGCCUUCGCAGCCGAGGUACUACAAAGGUUGAGACCUCAUGUGAUCCUGUCUGCUCAUGACCACAAGUCCGUUCACUUCAGUGGAGAUAUUGACACCGGGGAGCGACGACUGGUGGAGAACCUGGACAUCAACAGACUAAGUGACGAGCCAAGCUCGUCGUGGAGGUUCCAAAGAUCGGACACUCUAGUCAAUGAGGUCGUAGUGCCAACUUGUUCCUACAGGAUGGGCGUCCCAGACAUGGGCUUUGGAGUAGCUCUCGUAGAUGAGAGGGGUGAGGCUUGGUGCUACCAUGUGUUAUGGCUACCUUCAAGGUUCUGGGUCCUGUGGUCCUACGUCCUGGCUCUGAUGUUUGUUGUGGUACUACUGGCUGCUGGGCCGUACUGUGUAACGUACUGGCGCUCUCGUCAUCGGACGUCCCCUCUGUACAAGCAUCCGUGAGGUACAAGUCAUAUAUCAUCGAGCCUCUACGCUGGAAGCUGUGACGCUAUCACACUAGUCCUACUAGUCAAACUGUCCUUAACUCCAUUCCAUAUCCUUUUAUUAUUUCCAAGUGUCAUUUUAUUAUUUUAAUUGCUAGGUUUUUAGUUUUUGUUAUGUUAAAAUAACAUAAGAAUAAAAGAACAAAAUGUAAAAAGAACAAUUAUUUAGUUUGUAUCAGUAUUAAUUUGUUAAAAUUGUAAUUUGCAUUAUGUGUUUGCCUAUCGAACAAAAGUUAAUUUUUUUUUGUUAUCAAUAAGCAUUGGCAUUUUUAUGUUGUUUUUUUGUGGAACCCACCUCCUUGUUAGAUAACGUUGAUCUUUUGAUGGAUUUUCUAAUUUUAUGCAUCACUGGUUUGUUAUCAGUUGUAAAAUAUAAGAAAUAUGUAUAAUAAGAUUUGAGAUAUUUUUACCGAACAAAUUGUGAAAUCAAGAAUUAUUUUGUACUAAGCUAUAAACUGGGUACCUGGCUAUCUAUUACCUGGAAAGUACUUCCGCACUAUUGCUGUUCUAGAAAUAGACGAAGACAAGCCUUUUUUUACCAACUCCGCUGAACAACGUUGCAAGUGACAAAGUGAACAUUUUCAGAAAAAAAAUGUUUUGGCCAAGCCAAUGGUAUUUACUAGCUUGUAAGUGCUGCCAGCCCAUGUAUUUAAAAUUAAAAUCCCUCGCAGUAUGGAAUGUCAUGUGCAUCAUUGUAUAAAAAUCUAAAUUUUCAUUAUAUAUUGUUUGCAACACUGUUCAACGGAGAUAUUUAUAAAUGAAUAAACACUUUAUUGUAUAGAAUUCCGUGGGUAGACCGUAGACCUGAAGAAUCAGCCAAUCAGAAACCGCUGAUGAAUCUUUUUAAAUUGGUACAUGAAUCCUACAUGUUACAAAUGAACUACAGAAAAAGUCACUUGUUUCAAAGAACAACACAGUUUUUCCGAAGUUCCCAGAAUGCACUAUUUAUCUCAUAAAAUAUUCAAUUAUUUUGUAAAUUGCUGUUAGCGAAUUUCCCUAUAGGGAAGUAGCUAUUUUUAUUUGCUUGUGUGCUGUUUGUCCCUUUUACACAACAGUUUGUGAUUUGUGAAAAAAUGUUGUGUUUAUAUAUUUCAGAAACCCACCUUUGCCUACAUUCCUUGAUAGUGUAGACAUUCCCUUAAGUCCAUAUGAAGCAUAUUUUAUUUAUUUGUUAUUUGUGUGAUAAACCAUUAUAUUUGUGUGAUUGACUGAAUUCUAUAUGAUUAGUUGAAAGAAUAAUUAUUAAGAUCAAGAACAAAAAGAAUAAUCAGUUGAUGAGUUGUGUAUUAUUAGAGAACUUGUUAAUAGUCAAUAAGUGGAUUUUAGACAAAAACUCAACAUUUUUGCCUUUUUGGCGUAACAUUUAUGGUAGUUUUUACUUUUUACUGUAAUAAUUUACAACAUGGGUAGCUAAAUAUUUCAUAAAAUUAUUUUGUAACCUUUCUUUCAAUGGAAAUAAUUGAAUUAUUUCAAAAUAGUUUUAUAAUGUUAGCUUUAGCUAAAUUUACAAAUUGACAUCAAUCAAAAAUGUCCGUCCAUCUGUUACAAAUUUAUAGCAAGGCAUAGAACAAAUUAAAUAUAUUUUAGCUUUUCCUAAUAUCCUUUUGUACCUGGUAGAUGAUUCCAUGUAUUUCACUUUAAAUGUGUUUGUAAUAAA